AUGAAUCCGUUAAUAGUUACAUUGUGCCUCACGGCUGUAAUUGGUGUUACCAGAGCCACAGAUUAUUGUAAUACAACGCUGUGUAAUAAAGGAGUAAAACAUAUAGCAUGUGGUAGUACAGACUUUGGCCCAGAAUGCCCACGAAAUGCAGCUGAGGUGCCACUGGAUGAUGCUUUUAAGGCCAAAAUUGUUCGGGCUCACAAUGAAAAACGUAAUUUAGUUGCCGGUGGUGGUGUCAAUGGUUUGGAACCAGCCUGCCGCAUGGCCACCAUGGAAUGGGAUGAUGAAUUAGCCCGCCUGGCCGGUUACAAUGCCCGUCGUUGUCAAAUGUUUCACGACCAAUGUCGCAAUACUGAAACUUUUAAGUAUGCCGGACAAAAUUUGGCAUGGACAACAUAUCAAGGUAGACCAAGUCCUGAAGGUCUUUUCGAAGAUACCUUCGAUAUGUGGUACGAUGAAGUGAAAAAUGUUAAGAUGAGUCACAUCAAUUUGUUCCCGGUGGGCUACAAAGGACCGAAAAUUGGACAUGUCACAGUCAUGUUGGCCGAUCGUAAUAUUCGUGUAGGUUGUGCUGCAGUCACAUACGAAUCUCCCUAUUCUCCUACCGAAACCUUUUCGAUAACCUGUAAUUAUGCCACAACUAAUAUGGUUGGAUUCCCCAUUUACAAGAGCUGCAGUUCAGCUGGUUCGUCAUGUACGACUGGAACAAAUCCCCAAUAUCCCAAUUUGUGUUCUACUUCGGAAAAAUAUGAUGUCAACAAGUGGUAUUAA